GUUUUUUCAUGUGACGCGUUUUGUCAGGAUUGCCAUGUCGGUAUGAGCUAGUUUGCGUGUAGGCACAGCAGACGGUGCAGCAAUGGUAGCAAAAUCGAAUGGCUUCGACUUGCACAAGGCCACCUGUGCAAAAGGACCCAAAUCAAGUACUUGACAUUGAGGAAGCUGCGGCGAACGUUGGCUGGCAUGAACGUGAGGUGCCCAUCCGUGCCGCUUUGUUACGGUGGUACUUGAAUCACCGGCGCAAAUUGCCAUGGAGAGGUGAUCCUUCACCAUGGACCAGGAGCAAGGCAAGACCAUCGAAGCAAGGCAAACAUCAAAUUCAAAGAACGCUUCCCGGUGUUUUCGGGAAGCUGAAUUCUGCGUGUCGGCCUGCGGUGAUUGAUUUGGACGAAGAAGACACGCAGAAGGAAGAACAAUGUUUUCAUCGCUCUGCGUAUGGGGUUUGGAUUUCAGAGGUGAUGCUUCAACAAACACAAGUUGAGGUGGUGAUCGAUUAUUGGACUACAUGGAUGCGAUCGUUUCCUUCUGUGCCCGCAUUGGCAGCUGCGUCUGCAGAUGAGGUAAAUGCAGUUUGGGCCGGCUUAGGAUUUUACGGGCGUGCCAGAAGGUUGCAUGAGGGUGCCAAGUACCUAUUGGAAAAACAUGACGGCGAGUUGCCCCAGACGUUGGAGGCCCUGCGCGGCAUCCCCGGGGUUGGUCCAUACACGGCCGGGGCCAUCGCCUCCAUCGCGCUGGGCCUCCGGGCGCCUGUGGUGGAUGGGAACGUGGAGCGGGUCUUCAGCCGCCUGCAGGGCGGGCUGGGGGCGCCGGCCAAGUCUGCAAAGCUCCAAAAAGUCUGCUGGGAGCUGGCAGAGGAGCUGGUGGAUCCGGAGGACCCAGGUGCCUUCAACCAGGCCCUCAUGGAGCUGGGCGCUUUGAUCUGCACCCCCUCAUCGCCCUCCUGUCAGCAGUGCCCGGUGCGGCCCAUGUGCCGCGCGCACCAACGCAUGGUGGCCGGGGAGGUGGCUUCGGUCACGAUCUUCCCCGGCAAGGCUUUGAAGAAGCCGCGCCGGGAGCGAGUGCUCGCUCUGGCGGCGGUCAGCUGUGGGGAGGAGUGGGUGUUGGUGCGGCGGCCGGCGCGGGGGCUGCUUGCGAACCAGCUGCAGUUCCCUUGUCUGGAGCUAGCCGAGGCGGACCUUGCCUCCGGUGCUUCGCAGCUGCAGGCGCUGCUGGCGUCGUUUGGGCUGGAGGUGGAUCUGGAGCCGAGAGCUGGGGCUUUGGAGCAUCUCUUCUCCCACGAGCGCCAUGUGAUGCACGUCUUCCAGGGUCACCUGGAGAAGAAGCCCGCCAGCCAGGAGGAACGGGAGCUCAUCUGGCUGACCGCAUCAGAUGCAGAGCGCGCCGGGAUCACCAGCGGGCUCCAGAAGGUCUUUGAUGCACUUGGGCCAUCACCAAAGAAGAGAAAGCGCCGAAGCUGCUGAUUGAAAUGUGGUGCUCCAAGGUGCUUCAACGCUGCUGAAUUAGCUGUAGCGAGCUUGUCAGUUGGUGGGGUGUCAAAAUGAUUAACUAGAGGACGAUUGGCCC